UGCGUUUUACUUUGAAGGACCUCCACAUCCUGUACACACCGAAACCCAGGAAGCGGUGACAGAUCCAGUCGUUGUGGGUCGGCUUCUGUAAAAACAAGAAUAUUUUCACUCAAAACACAUUUUAUCUCUUUUAUUAUGUCCGCAAGAAACCCCGGCACCACGCUCGACCUGGAGUGGAUCUCCAAAGUGAGAGUGAACACACAAGCCGUGCUAAGGAGAGCUCAGCACAUCCAAGGACAGAAGAUACCAAAGAAACAGUGGCAGGCCGCUUGGUUGCUGAAGGCUGUCACGUGUAUUGACCUGACGACUCUAGCAGGAGAUGAUACUCCAUCCAACGUCCAUCGGUUGUGCAUGAAAGCCAUCCAGCCUGUCCAGUACGACUUGCUGAAGAGGAUGGAUAUGCAUGAUAAAGGCUUGACAACCGCUGCAGUGUGCGUGUAUCCGUCACGUGUUGCGGACGCUGUCAAAUCACUAAAAGCUGCGAACUCCAAUCUGCCCGUGGCAUCGGUGGCUACUGGUUUCCCGGCUGGUCAGACGCCACUGGAGACCCGCCUGCAGGAAGUCCGCAUGGCCGUUGAAGACGGCGCAACCGAAAUCGACAUUGUCAUCAACAGGACUCUGGCCCUAACGGGACAGUGGGAAGCCAUGUAUGAUGAGAUCCGUCAGUUUCGAGAGGCCUGUGGCGACGCCCACAUGAAGACCAUCCUGGCCAUCGGAGAGCUGGGCACCUUCACCAACGUCUACAAGGCCAGUCUGGUCUCCAUGAUGGCCGGCUCCGACUUCAUCAAGACAUCCACAGGAAAGGAAUCGGUCAAUGCUACCUACCCCGUCGCCAUAGUGAUGGUGAGGGCCAUACGUGACUACUUCCUGUGUACGGGCCACAAGGUGGGCUUCAAGCCCGCGGGGGGCAUCCGAACAGCCAAGGAGUCCUUGGUGUGGCUUAUGCUAAUGAAGGAGGAGCUGGGCAAUGAUUGGCUAUCUCCUCACCUCUUCCGCUUGGGAGCCAGCAGUCUGCUGGCUGACAUCGAGAGACAGAUUUAUCAUCAUGUGACCGGACAGUAUGCGGCCUACUACGAGCUUCCGAUGGCUUGAAGCUCUGGAGAUGUUCCGAAAGACCCAUCAGGAAGUCAAGAUCACCACACAAGCCUCAGUCCCGUUCAAGUAGCACACUUCACAAAAAACGACACUUUUUAACCUUAAAGCUCCUCUGAUGGGGGUCUUAGUACAAUGAGCUAACAUGAAGCAGCACCAGGACCUCGAACACAACCUGCUCCAUGAUGCUGGUUGACUUCCAUGGUGAUUCCCACCCAACUCUUCACUGUAUAGUCAAUUUAUCUAAAAUAACAUUCCUAAUUCCGGCACGGCACGGCGGUCGAGUGGUUAGCGCGCAGACCUCACAGCUAGGAGACCAGGGUUCAAUUCCACCCUCGGCCAUCUCUGUGUGGAGUUUGCAUGUUCUCCCCCCGUGCAUGCGUGGGUUUUCUCCGGGUACUCCGGUUUCCUCCCACAUUCCAAAAACAUGCUAGGUUAAUUAGCCACUCCAAAUUGUCCAUAGGUAUGAAUGUGAGUGUGAAUGGUUGUUUGUCUAUAUGUAUCCCCUGGGAUUGUCCGGCCACCAGUCCAGGGUGUACCCCGCCUCUCGCCCGAAUGAAUGAAUGAAUGAAUGUACAUUCCUAAUAUAGAGUUAUGACUCUAUAUUGAAGCUAAAAUAAAAUACAAGUGAAGUAAAGGUGCUAAGCUUCUUUAGCCGUUGUCAUGCUGGUCUGUUUGUAUGUUUACUUCUCUGUAUAAUAUUUAAAACAGAAACAAAACUGCUUAAAUGUAGGAAUAUACAGACGCUGAUACACAUGUAUGUUGAUCAUUUGUUUGGAUCGACACCAAAAUUGUAGUUGACUUUUUAAAACAUUCAAUAUCGAUAAAGUCAAAACUGUUCAUGCAGGAUAUCUCCAUUUAUGACCAGUUAUGGUCUUCCAUUGUCACGUUCAGCCAGUCUGGAGAUUAUGGAGGACCAAAACUGCCCAAAUAAUAAAUAAAUAAAUAAAUAUAUAAAAUAUAAAAGCAAAAAUAAAUACAAAAAUAAAAAACAAGAUUCAAAAAUUAAAAAUAAAUACA